UGCACGCGGUAUAAAGCCUCACUAAUUGUACACGAGGAGAACAGUCCGUGCGUGCCCCUUUUUAAAUGACGAUGUAGCGUAGCGCCCGAAAAAUCGGGGAUCUCGUGCACUCGCAAGAUCACUGUCACGAUCGAGAUCGAGCACGUGUGUCCUAGUUUCUUGUAGGAUCACGGGAGUCGUUGCGAUCCGCGGUUAUUCGUUCAAUUAUUUUUUUUUUCUUUUUUUGCAUUUUAUUUAUUAUUUUAGUAUAUAAACUCGUUCGUGAAAUUCGUUCUUCGAAGUUGAUUCGUUCCGUCAAGAAUCGAACGGAAAGAGAGACAAAGUGAGAAAGUUUGAUUUUUGUGUUCCAACUUGGAAAUUUCUUUUCAAGAAGACUGGAUAGAGGAUCUGUGGAUACCGUGUGCCGAGUAAAGUUCCAGGUUUUACGAAGUCGGAAGAAAUAAAGUUUCGAGUCGGAUCGUAAACAAGAGAUCAAGAUAAUGACAGUCAUGGUGGAGAGCGUGAAAGCCGAAGAGGGCGAGCGUCCAAAGAUCGAAACCUUCGACGAUAUCCUACCUUACGUUGGCGAGGCAGGCCGUUAUCAAUGGUUCCUCUUUAUUGUCCUUUUGCCCUUCACCUUCGUAUACGCGUUCCUUUACUUCACGCAAUUCUUCAUCACGUUGCUACCAAACGAGCAUUGGUGCACCGUGCCAGAACUCGAUCGAUGGAACCUCACGGACGAAGAAAAGAUCGCGAUAUCGAUACCUAUAGCAUCAACAGAAGAGUUAAAGCAGGAAGGUGCAACUUCUUUUUCGCGAUGCAAUAUGUAUAAUGUGAACUAUACUGAAAUAAUGGAAAAAGGUAUUAGAAAAGCAGAUCCAUCCUGGCCAAUCAAAUCUUGUCAAAAUGGAUGGACGUUCAAUCAUACAAUGAUUCCAUAUAGAUCUAUUGCUGUUGAGCUGGAAUGGGUCUGCGACCACGCAUUCCUUAGCUCGGCGGCACAAUCGGCCUUCUUCGUGGGCAGCAUGCUUGGAGGUUUAAUAUUCGGUUACAUAGCCGACCAUUAUGGCAGAAUUCCGGCGUUGGUCGCUUGCAACGCGAUAGGUUUCAUCGCUUCUGUUGGCACCGCGUUUUGCGACAGCUUCUGGAGCUUCUGUCUCGCAAGAUUAAUCGUUGGAUCAUCAUUCGAUAAUUGCUUCAACGUGCUUUUUAUUAUCGUGAUAGAAUAUGUCGGCCCGAAAUAUCGAACUCUUGUGGCAAAUAUGUCUUUCGGACUUUAUUUCGCGGCAGCUGCGAGUCUUUUACCUUGGAUCGCUUAUUGGAUCUCAAAUUGGAGGAUUUUAAGCAUGGUCACCGCUUGUCCUAUGGUGGUCGCAUUUAUAGGACCAUGGAUUGUUCCUGAAAGUGCACGUUGGUAUAUAACCAGUGGAAGAAUUGACAAAGCGAUUGAGAUGCUAAAAAAGUUUGCGAAAGUGAAUGGCAAGGAAGUGAAACAGGAAAUAUUCGAUGAAUUCGAAAAAAGUUGCAGAACGUCGAACGAGAAGGAUCAAUCGCAUAAUAAAUAUACCGUCCUGCAUCUCUUUAAACUGCCUCGACUCGGUCGUAUCACUAUCAUGCUCAUUGUUUAUUGGCUGCUUAUGGUGUGGGUGUUCGAUGGUCACGUUUGGAACAUGAAACUUCUAGAUCCUGACGUUUUCACGUCCUUCUCUUUGGCUUCCCUCACGGAACUUCCGGCGGCCGUACUACUUGCCCUUUUCCUCGAUAGAUGGGGCAGACGAUGGAUGGGUUUCGCAUCAAUGUUCCUCUGUGGCGUUUUCUCCUUUGUUGCCCUUUCCACCCCUGCUGGCCCGCCAACGGUCGCUAUGGCGAUCAUCGCACGUCUUGGAGUGAAUGUCGCGGCGAAUAUUGGUUUCCAAUAUGCAGCUGAAAUGCUGCCUACCGUAGUGCGAGCCCAGGGUGUGUCUUUGAUCCAUAUUAUCGGUUAUGUCGCUCAUAUUUUAGGACCGUACAUUAUUUAUCUGGCUGAUAUUGACGCUGCUUUACCCCUCAUUGCCCUUGGUCUUUUGUCCUUUAUACACUCCUUCCUGACCCUUGGCUUGCCGGAAACUCUGAAUCAGGAACUUCCAGAAACCCUUCAGGAAGGUAACGAUUUUGGAAAAGAACAAAGCUUCUGGUGGAUUCCCUGUAUAUCCUCAAGUAAGAUGUUGAAGAAAUCUUACAGAAAGAAGAAAGGUCUCUCGAAUCCAGCCUUCACUGGUAGUGUUCAAAAGAUCGACUGUACUAGAUUAUAG